AGAGUGGACAAGCUCUGAGGAUGAAUCAGGGCUGUGUUGUGGAGGAGGCUAUUGUCUCUAGGACCCCUGCAGUAUUUAUUGCAGAAGGUGGAAGGCACAGGGCAAGCGAUUCUUAUUAUGUCACUUAGACCUACAUCUCCGGACUUGUCUCUUGUUGCACCCUCCGCCUGCUCCACUUUGUCAGUUCUGCCAGCCUCAAUGCCUUUUUUUGCCACUACCUACUGCUCCAGUCUCUGCACUGCUUGCCAUGCUGUCUUUUAUGCAUGAGCACCCACAGCAGGUUAACUGCAGAGGCUUUCCAGAUGCCAGAAAUUGUCUGACCACUUGCUGGCAAUGGAACUGCUGAAGAUCCUGCCUUGGCAUCGUGCUGUCUUGGCAGUUGUCCUGAAUCUGCUGGCUCUCUGCCUCUCUACCACAGCCCUGCUUGGCAGCUACUGGUGUGUUGGGACCCAGAAGGUGCCCAAGCCUUUGUGUGGAAAGGACAAAGCCACCAAGUGCAUCGGUGUGCACGUGUCUGCGGGCGGAGGUGCUGCCAAUUCUUCAUCCCAGGAUGUAGUGCACUACAGCUGGGAGACUGGAGAUGACCGCUUUGCCUUCCGAUACUUCCACACUGGCAUGUGGCUUUCCUGUGAGGAGAACAUGGAAGGGUCAGAUGAGAAAUGUCGUAGCUUCAUCGAGCUUUCACCCCCAGCAGAGAGAGGAAUCCUGUGGCUGGCGUUGGGUUCGGAGAUGGUCUACAUCAGCUUGCUGGUCAUUAGUUUCAUCCUGCUGCUGGUAGAAAUGCUGUACACUGGGAAUCCAGUCUGCGGGCUGAAGCUCAAUGCCUUCGCUGCUGUCUCCUCUGUGCUGUCUGGCCUGCUGGGGAUGGUGGCUCACAUGAUGUACUCACAAGUCUUCCAAGCGACUGUCAAUCUGGGGCCAGAGGACUGGAGACCGCACUCAUGGGACUAUGGCUGGGCUUUCUACACGGCCUGGGCCUCCUUCACCUGCUGCAUGGCCUCUGCUGUUACCACCCUCAACACUUACACCAAGACCGUGCUGGAAUUCAAGCGUAACCAUAUCAAAGGCUAUGAUGGGAGCUUCAGGGACCAGUCACAGCACCAUCAGUGCUUCAUGCCGAAGCAGCAGUACAGGGAGCAGAUGAGCAGCUACUACCAGCAGCGAGACAAGUCUCUCCACUCCAUCUCAGAGGGGGUCGACUUUUACUCUGAGCUGCAACAGAAGGUGCUACAGCAGGAACCUGGACUGGAGUUAGAUGAGGUCUUGGGACAGUCCAUGGAAGAAGAUCACUGUUAGGGACGGGGGAGUCGGCUGCUUGGGAAGCGGUAGGGAGAUUGAGGUCUGAACCAAAUACUAGUAUCACUUAUCAAGUUCUCUGGUGUUCUGGUUCCUUUCUUUAACACUUGUGGGGGGCUGGGAGGAGGAAAA